AUGGUAUUGACCUACCUGCUCUACCAGCUUUCUCGUCACCCUGCCCAUCAGGAUGAACUUCAUCGAGAGCUUCUCUCCAUAGCCAGUCCGUUCCACUUGGAUCUCGACCAAAAGCCGUCCCUACAUGAGCUACCACCAGCAAGAGACCUGCAGCGUCUACCAUUUUUAAACGCAAUCAUCCAGGAAGGGCUCAGGUUACGGAAUACUCCUCCGGGGAUGGACCCUCGAGUCACACCUAAACACCGCCUUUCAGACGUUGGUCCAUAUAAAAAUUUACCUCCUGGCAUCCGGGUUGGUGCUUAUGUUCACUUAAUCCACCGUAGCAGUGAAUAUUUUGAUGACCCUCUCGUAUGGGAUCCUUACCGCUGGCUCACCAAAGACUGUCAGGACCAGUCUACGGGGAGGAAAAGACGAGUUCUCCUUGCCUUUAGUGGUGGUAGCAGGACAUGUAUUGGCCAGCACCUUGCUGUGGAAUUGAUACGAAACGCCGUGGCGGCUGUCUACACUAACUAUAGGACUACGUUAUUUGAUGAAAGCCAAUAUCCCGGUGACAGAGGGUUUCUAAGCGGUGAUCUGAAGAAGGACAAACUCUGGAUACAGUUCAAAAGAAGAGGUUAA